AUGCCGCACAAUUUCCAACCCGGAGACUUGGUCUUCGCCAAAAUGAAGGGGUACCCCCACUGGCCAGCCAGGGUAAACUAGCAGCAGCCAGAGAGAGAAUGGGGUGGGCGGAGGGGACGCUGGAGUUUCGCUGUGCAUCCUUGGCAAUGACUGACAUAGCUAAUAUUAUAGCCAGCUAGCCUUGCCUCGUGCUUGGAAAUAUAUAGCUGCUUUAUUGUCCUACCAAUCUGUUUACAAGAUGUUAGUUGCUGGAUCUUUUAUGCAAAAGUUUAACCAGCCUACUUGGUGAAUGGCGAUUGUGUUGUGUACAUGUAUUUUGUCCAACCAGGCAGUGCUAAGUAGCUAGCUGUACUGUACUUUUUGGUGUGCGUUGAUUGAAGGAGAAAUAUGUUUGAUUUGCAGACUUGCUGCCCUGUAAAAUAAGAUCCUAGCUAUAGUUAACUAAUCAGGUGUUUUUGGUACAGUAAACACAACUAUUUAGUUUUCUGGAAAUGACUUUGAUGUGAUGUGUACACUUCUUCCCAGGAUUUUCGACUGUGAUUUGAAAAUUCUUCAGAUUCAAUCAAGGUGUCUGUCUGGAGUGAAGGGUCCAGACAAGGCCACAAUAUUAUUGUCUACUUAUUUACAACCUUCCUUUCCUUAUUUGCCCAACUUGACUUAAGGAUCAGACUACAAAGAGCAGUGAAUAUAUUCUCUCCUGUACCGCAUUUGGAUCUCUCAUGUGUUUUUGUUGUGUGGUUCUCAUUCUUCUAGAUUGAGGAUGUGGCAGAUGGGGCAGUGAAACCCCCACCCAAUAAAAUCCCUAUCUUCUUCUUUGGGACCCAUGAAACGUAAGUGCUGUGUCUCUUUGAUAUAGAAUAGCAGGAGGGGAAUCUCUGGAUGGACUUGAAACUGUGGUAUACUAUGUUCACCGUCAUCCUUUAUUAGAUCAGUCUGUUUUUUAUAUUGAGACUGAGGCAAAAAUUAAUUUUGUUGAUUUGCAUUUAUUUUGUAGCUGGUUCUGUUUUUGUUGUCCCCAGCUACAGUGGAGGUCGGAAGUUUACAUACACCUUAGCCAAAGGUGUAUGUAAACUCAGUUUACAAGGUGUAUGUAAACUCAGUUUUUCACAAUUCCUGACAUUUAAUCCUAGUAAAAAUUCCCUGUCUUAGGUCAGUUAGGGUCACCACUUUAUUUUAAGAAUGUGAAAUGUCAGAAUAAUAGUAGAUAAUUAUUUAUUUCAGCUUUUAUUUCUUAAAUCACAUUCCCAGUGGGUCAGAAGUUUACAUACACUCAAUUAGUAUUUGGUAGCAUUGCCUUUAAAUUGUUUAACUUGGGUCGAACGUUUUGGGUAACCUUCCAAAAGCUUCUCACAAUAAGUUGGGUGAAUUUUGGCCCAUUCCUCCUGACAGAGCUGGUGUAAUUGAGUCAGGUUUGGAGGCCUCCUUGCUCGCACACGCUUUUUCAGUUCUGCCCACAAAUGUUCUAUAGGAAUGAGGUCAGGCCUUUGUGAUGGCCACUCCAAUACCUUGACUUUGUUGUCCUUAAGCCAUUUUGCCACAACUUUGGAAGUAUGUUUGGGAUCAUUGUCCAUUUGGAAGACCCAUUUGCGACCAAGCUUUAACUUCCUGACUGAUGUCUUGAGAUGUUGCUUCAAUAUAUCCACAUAAUUUUCCUUCCUCAUGAUGCCAUCUAUUUUGUGAAGUGCACCAGUCCCUCCUGCAGCAAAGCACCCCCACAGCAUGAUGCUGCCACCCCGUGCUUCACGGUUGGGAUGGUGUUCUUCGGCUUGCAAGCCAUCUUCACAAGGCCCUUUGCUGUUGUUCUGGGAUUGAUUUGCACUUUUCGCACCAAAGUACGUUAAUCUCUAGGAGACAGAACGCGUCUCCUUCCUGAGCGGUAUGACAGCUGCGUGGUCCCAUGGUGUUUAUACUUGCGUACUAUUGUUUGUACAGAUGAACGUGGUACCUUCAGGCGUUUGGAAAUUGCUCCCAAGGAUGAACCAGACUUGUGAAGGUCUACCAUUUUGUUUCUGAGGUCUUGGCUGAUUUCUUUUGAUUUUCCCAUGAUGUCAAGCAAAGAGGCACUGAGUUUGAAGGUAGGCCUUGAAAUACAUCCACAGGUACACCUCCAAUUGACUCAAAUGAUGUCAAUUAGCCUAUCAGAAACUUCUAAAGCCAUGACAUCAUUUUCUGGAAUUUUCCAAGCUGUUUAAAGGCACAGUCAACUUAGUGUAUGUAAACUUCUGACCCACUGGAAUUGUGAUACAGUGAAUUAAAAGUGAAAUAAUCUGUCUGUAAACAAUUGUUGGAAAAAUUACUUGUGUCAUGCACAAAGUAGAUGUCCUAACCGACUUGCCAAAACUAUAGUUUGUUAGCAAUACAUUUGUGGAGUGGUUGAAAAACGAGUUUUAAUGACUCCAACCUAAGUGUAUGUAAACUUCUGACUUCAACUGUACCUUAUGUGUUGUUUAUGUUUUUAUUUGAAGUAUCGCCACUCAUAUUUCUGUGGAGAUGUAUCCUCCAUGUUUGUUGAUGCACUAUAUUUUCUUUAACUUAUUUUAAACUUUUGAAACCCAUUCAUUCGUUUUUCAUUACUGGUUUAUGUCUUAAGUUAUCUAGGUCUAUUUGUGUGUGUGAAAAGUUUAGUAUUUUGUUUUGGUCGUACAGCAGUAGUUUUGCAAGAUGGCAGAUACACUAUUCUUAAACCACCACUAGGUGGCAAAAUAACUCUGUCAGUGCUGUAGUUCGUUGCCAGUUCAUGCCUUUUACAUCAUGCAGAAACUCAGUGUCAUCUACCCGGUAAGCAGGGAGUUUGUCUGUGCCAAGUAUCGGCUUUUUAAUUUAGUGGCUUUUAGAAUUUAAGUCUCGUAAAUAUGGUCACAAUAUAUAGCAAUGUGUUAUCAAAUCAUGCUCUCUCUUCCUCAGAGCAUUCCUUGCGCCAAAGGACCUUUUUGCCUAUGAGAAGCACAGCGAGCGCUUUGGGAAACCAAAUAAAAGAAAGGGCUUCAACGAGGGCUUGUGGGAAAUCCAGAACAACCCUCACGCCUCCUACAGUGCUCCUGCAGUAAGUACAUCUUAUCAUCAGAAGUCCAACUCAAUACCGUUUCUCUAAUACUGACCAGCAACAACUGAGUGCUGUUAUCCCUGGUAUCUCUUUUGCUGUGCACUUUGGAUCCAUUUAGAUCAGUGCCUCAGCCCUCAGCCCUCAGUUUAAGAUGUGAUAGAUUGCCCAAGUUACAGUACUAUGCGGCUCUGUGUUGGUGGUAUUAUCUUCUCGGUCAGCACUCGAUAUCACGUGUGUAUCAAAAAUCACUUAUGUUGGGGCAUUAAGCGGUAACAGAGCAUUAGGGCUCAGACCAACAGGCUCUGAGACAGCUUCUACCUCCAAGCAAUAAGACUGAUGAACAACUAAUCACCCAUGGACUAUCUGCACUGACUAUACCUGCACUGACUCUAUACACACUCCUAAGACUCUAUCCACACAUACACUGACCAGGGUAGCAAAUUCAUCGCUUUUCGGCGAUAUUCGCCGUUUUGAUCUCAAAAUUGGCCAUCCACGUGAAUCAUGUAGAUCUAAAGGUUGUUUCUCAUAUCCAAAUCAUUGACUGAGCACAGGAUCCCUAUGUGUCCUGCGAAAAUAAUAAGAGUUCAGAGCGUGAUGUCAGAUAUGUCAUUUUAGAGUGGGCAUACUGUCAUCUCUCCACGCCACAAACUGGGGGCUGUGCUCACUGAGUGAAGUGCUGAAAGAUAAACAUUUUAGAAGCGUACAGGCAUAAAGUUGAUCGGAUUUAGCAGAAAGUCUACUAAAGUGUGACUGACCUUGUUUCUUGCCUAUUUACAGCAUUUUGUUCACAGGCUAGGUUAUUUUUCAAUGUUAGUUUGUAUUUGAUGCAACUGCGAGAUGUCUGAGAUUCUCUGCUGUUACCACGACAACCUCCCACCCUUAAAGGGGCAGCUGAAAUUUUUUGUCUCACCUAAGUGACUCAUAUUUGAGUGUACAUUAUGCCUGAUUGAGCAUAGAACAUUCCAAAAACCUUUUUAUUCAUGACCUUUUAGUCAUUUCUUAUCAUUAAAAUACUCUUCCUCAAAUACUUUCAUUGUGCUCAUGUACUCCUUGUAAACAAUGUCAGCGUAGAGCCCUGUGUAAUAGUGUUUAUGUACAUGAGUUAUUGUAUUUUAACACUGUUAACACUGAAAGCACCUUGCAAUGUAUUAGAGAUGAGACAGGAUUUGUGUUUUACUUUUCUUUAUGCACCUCUAUAGAACAACUUGUCAGAUUCAGGUCGGGUGCAUUGAAGACUGAUGUAUUCCAGAUUGGGGAGACUGAGAUUAUCAUUACAUGUCGUGAUAAACCUUAAACCCAGACCAAAGAGCCCAACUCUACCCCAGGACACUAUUUUCAAAUGUUUAUUAUGUAAUUGUUAUUCUCUGAAAAUAAGCAAAUGUUCUUGCACUUCACAUGGAUUUUUUUGUGCGUUUCCGUGCAAACACUAUUUGUGACCUUUUUGGGCCCUCACCAGUUUGCAUCCCUGACUGGCACUCGCACUCGCACACUACACACAACCACACAUAGUCACCAUACUCGCUGCUACUAUUCUUUUAUAUUAUAUCCUUCUGCUCAGUCACUUUAACCCGUUUACAUGUAUACCAUUUUUAUUCUUUACCUCAUUAUAUAGAUUUACCUCAACUGUCACCAGUAACCCCUGACAUUGAUAUCGGUACUGGUACCGACCUUGUGUAUAUUCAAGUGUAUUUCUUUCAAUCUUAUUGAUAAUGGUUUAUUUACAUUUACAUUUUAGUCAUUUAGCAGACGCUCUUAUCCAGAGCGACUUACAGGAGCAAUUAGGGUUAGUGCCUUGCUUAAGGGCACAUCAACAGAUUUUUCACCUAGUCGGCUCGGGGAUUAGAACCAGCGACCUUUCUGUUACUGGCACAACGCUCUUACCCACUAAGCUACCUGCCGAACCACAUUUCUUUUAUAUGACUUAGUAUUUCUGCAUUGAUGAGGAGGGCUUGCAAUUAAGCCUUUCACCAUCCUGUUUACACCUGCUGUAUCCUGUGCAUGUGACAAACAUUGAUUUGAUUUAUCUCUCCAUUCACACCCUAGCCUGCCAGCUCGUCUGGCAGUGAAGCUAAUGACGAUGCAGCAGGAAGUGAUGCAGAGGAUGACAAGGAAGCAGUGGUGCCCAGUAAGGCAGAUUCAGGAAGUGAGGUAGAUUCUGACUCAGGAAGUGAGGAUCGAGGAGGAGGAGGUGGCGGCAGUGGUGGUGGAGGAGGGGUCAAGCGGAAGGCCCCUGCUGCCAAGGUGAUUGCGAAAUUAUAAUUUUAGUGUUUCAGGAUUUUAAUGCCCACCGAACAAAACUAUUGUUGCUUAGAUGUGCCUCUGUUAUAAUAUUAAAUCUCUCUGUUCUAUCUCUCAUUCAGCGCCCCCCUGUGAAGAAGGCCCGGGGUUCGUCCAGUGACAGGGCUGGAGAGGAGAGUGGCUCACCCUCUGAGCCAGACCCUUCCCCUUCUGACUCGGACUCUGGAAAGAACAGUGACCAGGUCAGUUGACACGUGCACACAUGUUGUACACUAGCAUGAGAACAUUAAUUGAUGUCUUGUUUGUUUGCCCCUGUAGGACUUCACCCCAGAGAAGAAGGCGGCAGCAGGCCGUGGCAGUGGGAAGAAGGCUGGAGGUGGCAAAGGGAAGAAGGUGAGGAAAGGAUGCCCUUCAGGUGUCAACCAGCCCUGGGAGCUGAGUAGAUAAAGCACUGUUUGUGGUUUCACAGUGACUGCUGGCUCUCUCUCAUUGUGGUUUUCUCUCUCUCUCUCUCUCUCUCUCUCUCUCUCUCUCUCUCUCUCUCUCUCUCUCUCUCUGUGGGCUGCUGUAGAAGGCGUUGUCUGACUCUGACUCUGGGUCUCAGUUGGACAAGAAGAAAGGGGGCAGUGAUUCAGAGGAUGAGAAGCCACGGCCUGCUCUGUCUGGAUCAGAAUCUCAGUCUGGCUCCAAAUCCGACUCUGACUCAGAGCCACAGCCACCUCCACGGAAGGCCCCUCAAGCGCGCAAGAAAGGUGAGGGCUAUAAUGUCUGGUAUUACACACAGUGUAUGAUAACUGUAUUUGUCACUGCAUAACCCUGUUCUCUGCCAUUUGUCCCAAUCAGAGAAGCCUCUGCCAAAACCUCGGGGUGGACGGAAACCCAAAGCUGCCCAGGCCAGAGCACCGGCGUCUUCCUCUGACAGUGACAGGUCAGCACGGCUCAAGUCUGUUCCACAUUGGUUGUGCUCUAUGUUAAUACAUUAUAAAUGACUUGUAUCAAUAAAUAAGUACAUUAUGAAUGAUCCUAUACUGUGUACUGUAGCGACAGUGAGCCGGACCGCGUCAGCGACUGGAAAAAGAGAGAUGAGGAGCGUCGGAAAGAGCUGGAGGAACGCCGGAAGAAGGAGCAGGCAGAUGAGAUCCUCAAGUAUCGGGAGAGGGAGAAGGAAGAAGAUGAGCAGAGAAAGAAGGACAAGGAGAAGGGAAAGAGCAGUGGUGAAAGCAGCUCAGAUGAGGGCGUAGAUGAUCACCCACUGAAGAAGUCCAAGAAACCCCCACCGCCCCCCAUCCCCGCCCCCUCUGACUCUGACUCUGGACCUGAGGUAUUUAGCAUUGAAGACUGUGUAAAGAGGGGACAUUUGUUUGUUUUUGUUGUAGUAUCAUCUAGAAUAGAUUUGUUGAACAUUGCAUAUUUCCCCCAAUCAGGUGAAAAAAUCUGCAAUGCGUUCAGACAACCAGAAGAAAGGGAGAACAAAGAAAGAGAGGGAUCAUGGUAAAGGCAAAAAGGAAAAGCGAGCCCAGCGGUCAGAAGAGAGGCCCAGAGGGAGGUAAAUGCACAUGGCUGAACCAGACAAAAGAUUAGAGCACAGAUCUCAUUAGAUGUUAUCUUCAUUAAAUAUAAAUGCACACAGAUCACUGAGCUCUCUCCCUCAGGUCCAAGCCUGACAAGCCCAAACGCAAACCAGAGAGACCUCAGGAGAGGAAAGUAGAGAAGAAAAAAGGUCUGAGCUCAAUGUUACUCCCAAUCCACUGUUUGUCCAUUUGGAAAGCAUGCAUAUGGGAAACUCAUUUGCAUAGUCUCAUAUUGUGUGACAAACGGUUGGUCCGAUACAGUGCCAGAGCCAGAUAAUAUCAACUUUUCUUGUCCUCACUCCUUGUCUUUUUGUGUCUGCACACAGAGCCAACCCCAGACGAAAAGCUGCAGAAGCUCCACACUGAUAUCAAGUUUGCACUGAAAGUGGAUAACCCAGUGAGUAAACAUAAGGGGCUCCAUUCAUUGUCAACAGAAAAGUUAUUAUCACAUAGUUGGGAUUUUACAAGCAGCAUGACAAGUGGCAUGAGGUAUAUAAUUUUUUUGUUUACCAAUUAAGGGUUCCUUGCACAUUGUUGUAUUCUAUCAUGUUGUGUCUGCUCUGCAGGACAUAGAGCGCUGUCUACAGGCCCUGGCGGAGCUCGAGGCUGUGCCGGUCACCAGCCACAUCCUGCAGAAGAACUCUGAUGUUAUCGCCACGCUUAAAAAGGUGGCUUUCUCUCUGAACCCCUUAAUGAAAGUGAACUUUAUAGAGCCGCUGUGUACAUUUCGUAAUCUCUCUUGUUUUUCUGGCCCCUGUGAACUUCGCUGAUGGUGUUCUGAUUGAUGUUUGUCUUACUGAAGAUCCGUCGAUACAAGGCAAGCAGUGCCGUUAUGGAAAAGGCCAGCCAGGUCUACAACAAGUUAAAGGGUCAGUUUGUGGUCAAGUCUGAAAUGCCAAGUAAACCCAAAGCUGAGGGAAAGGAGCAGGAAGAGGAUGGGAAGGAGACACAAAAUGCAGGUCAUUCUCUCAGCCCAUACUUUUACGAUCACAACUGAUGGACUUAUUUACUGUUCUCACAUUCCCCUUAUUUUUCCUCAUCAGGAUAUUACUCUUAAUAAUGAUAUUAAUUCAAAUACUUUUAUUUUGCUGUGUGUAGCUAACAAUGAAAUGAAAGGUCCAUCAUUUGUAGCCAGUCAAUUGAUUUUGCAUUACUUGUUAUCAGAUGUAAUGCCUGUGAAUGGGGAAUCAGAAGUCCAGAAAAAGGAAUGUACUGAAUUAGAGGAUACCCCAAAGUCACCGGUCCAGGAAGGGAAUGAUGAGCAUAUGGCUUCAAGCCCCAACAGGUAAAUACUAUUCUCCUAUGUCACAUCUUUGUGUACUUCCUUUAUUUAUGCUAAUAUUUGUUUAAGGUGUCCAUGGUAAUAUAUUGCUCUGCUAAUUGGUACCAUGCUACCAUCACGAAGGUAUGUGGCUCUAGUUCUGAAGUCUUGUCUCUUCUCCAUGGUAGGCCCAGUCCUGAUAGUCCUGCUGAGCAGCAGACGCACACUGAUGAUGAAACGCACCACGCUCUCUCUGCAGAGACAGAACCGCCAGCGAUAGAGAGCUGAAGAAUUUGGAAGAAAAUGGAGCACAAUUGUUUACCACAGCUAAAAGGAAAGCUCACUAGUCUCGUCCCAGAUACAUGGCGCUGUGCUGACCCCUUUGUUGUUCGCC